AUCAAGAAGAAAGCACCACACUCAAGCGUCGGAUUGCGUACGUUGAACAUGAGCUAGAACGUCAGAAGAAAUCUCGGAAUGACAAUUCUCACAUUGGUACACGAAUUCUGGAAGAUCCUGAAACGCUUGAUGAAGAAGCAGUUUUCGAUGGAAUACCUUGGCCGGAGAUACCUCAAUUCACGAUUACAAUGCCACCUGAUAAUGAUGAAAACCGUCACACAAAUGAAAUAAAGAAAUUUCUAGAAUUUCUCAUUCCAUUAACCGAAUUCGACUUUCACGACACCCGCAACUCUCCAAUCUGUGAUCCUAAUGCAAAGAUCGACUUCAUUAUUGUGCGCAAGAAUGGGUACCGUUUAUGGACAGAAUUGGUAGCAGUGAUAGAAGCAAAAGGGGAAAUUCGAAACACAACAAGUCAUAAAGAUGCAGUGG